GUCUUGGAACGUAAGUAUUUUUAAACGUAGAGGAAUUACUCUGGGGCAAGUGUAACGUACUGGAGGACACGAAUGAGCUCUUUAUUUAUCUUUUUUAAAGUUCUCGUUUCCAUUAUCUAAUUUUUCGUGACUAUUUCCGGGCAGUGGGAUCAUAGUUUAGUGUAUAAGGCCGACGCACACACAGCCCACCAUGGGGGACGACAGCGAGUGGAUGAAGCUGCCCAUCGACCAGAAAUGCGAACACAAGGUAUGGAAGGCCAGGCUGAACGGGUACGAGGAGGCCAUCAAGCUCUUCCAGAGGAUAGAGGACGAGAAGAGCCCGGAGUGGAGCAAGUACCUGGGCCUGAUAAAGAAGUUUGUGAUGGACUCCAACGCCGUGGCCCAGCUGAAGGGCCUGGAGGCGGCGCUCGCCUACGUGGAGAACGCGCACGUGGCCGGCAAAACGACCGGAGAGGUGGUCUCCGGAGUGGUGAGCAAAGUGUUCAACCAGCCCAAAGCCCGAGCCAAGGAGCUGGGCAUGGACAUCUGCCUGAUGUACAUCGAGAUGGAGAAGGGCGAGGUGGUCCAGGAGGAGCUCAUCAAAGGCCUGGAGAAUAAGAACCCCAAGAUCGUCGUGGCCUGCGUGGAGACCAUAAGAAAAGCACUGAGCGAGUUCGGCUCCAAGGUCGUCGCGCUCAAGCCCGUCGUCAAGGUGUUGCCAAAGCUGUUCGAGUCGCGAGAGAAGGCGGUUCGAGACGAGGCCAAACUGCUCGCCGUCGAGAUCUACAAGUGGAUUCGGGACGCUCUCCGGCCGCCCCUCCAGAGCCUGAACUCCGUGCAGCUGAAGGAGCUGGAGGAGGAGUGGGUGAAGCUCCCGCCCGGCGUCCCCAAGCAGAGCCGCUUCCUGCGCUCGCAGCAGGACCUCAAGGCCAAGUUCCAGCAGCAGCAGGCGGCCGGCGGGGACGAGGCCGACGGGGACGAAGAGGAAGACGCCCCGCAGGUGGAUGCCUACGAGCUCCUGGAGGCCGUGGACAUCCUCUCCAAGAUACCCAAAGACUUCUACGAUAAAAUCGAAGAAAAGAAAUGGCAGGAGAGGAAAGAAGCUUUGGAGGCCAUAGAAACCUUGACAAAAAAUCCUAAACUAGAAGCCGGUGACUACGGGGAUCUGGUCCGAGCUCUUAAGAAGGUCAUUGGCAAAGACACAAACGUCAUGCUGGUAACCCUGGCAGCCAAAUGUCUCGCUGCACUGGCCGCCGGUCUCAGGAAGAAGUUCGGGACCUACGCGGGCCUAGUGGUGCCAACCAUUUUGGAGAAGUUCAAGGAGAAGAAGCCUCAAGUGGUCCAGGCUUUGCAAGAGGCCAUCGACGCAGUCUUCCUAACUACCACCCUGCCGAACAUCAGCGAGGACGUCCUGGCCGUGAUGGACAACAAGAACCCCUCCAUCAAGCAGCAGGCCUCUCUGUUCCUGGCCCGAAGCUUCCGGCACUGCACCGCCGCCAAUCUGCCCAAGAGCGUCCUCAAACCCUUCUGCGCCGCGUUCCUCAAGCAAGUGAACGACUCGGCACCGGAGGUGAGGGACGCGGCCUUCGAAGCUCUGGGCACGGCCAUGAAGGUGGUGGGGGAGAAGGCCGUCAACCCCUUCCUCUCUGACCUGGACAAACUCAAGCUCGACAAGAUAAAGGAAUGCGCUGACAAAGUGGAGCUGGCCGGAGGGAAGAAAGGAGGAGGAGGUGGGGGAGCGGCUCCAGAGAAGGAGAAACCCGCCGCCAAGGCCCAGCCGCCCGCCGAGGCCCCCGCCAAGCCCUCCGGGCCCCCUAAGAAAGCCCCCGUCGCCAAGGCUUCCGGCUCGGGACCCCCCAAGAAGGGCAAGUCCGCCCCGGCCGGCGCCGCCAAAGGGAAGAAGCCCAAAGACGACGGCCGGGAGGUGGUGGAGGCGGAGAUGUCCCCGGAGGCGUGCGAGGAGAAGGCCGCUGCCGUGCUUCCCGCCUCCUGCAUGCAGCUGCUGGACAGCGGGAACUGGAAGGAGCGACUGGCCAGCAUGGAGGAGUUCCAGAAGGCGGUGGAGGUGAUGGAGAAGAGCGAGAUGCCCUGCCAGGCGCUCGUCAGAAUGCUGGCCAAGAAGCCCGGCUGGAAGGAGACCAACUUCCAGGUGAUGCAGAUGAAGCUGCACAUCGUGGGCCUGGUGGCCCAGAAGGGCUCCUUCUCCAAGACCUCGGCGGGGGUGGUGCUGGACGGGCUGGUGGACAAGGUCGGGGACGUCAAGUGCGGCCUGAAGGCCAAGGAGGCCCUGACCGCCAUCGGGGAAGCCUGCUCCCUGCCCUGGACUGCCGAACAGGUCGUCUCGCUGGUUUUUGCUCAGAAGAACCCAAAAAACCAGGCAGAGACCCUCAACUGGCUCGCGAACGCCAUGAAGGAGUUUGGAUUUUCCGGUAUCAACGUUAAGGCCUUCAUCAACAACGUCAAAACCGCGUUGGGCGCCACCAAUCCCGCCGUCAGGACGUCCGCCAUCACCCUGCUGGGGGUCAUGUACCUGUACAUGGGGGCCCCCCUGCGCAUGUUCUUCGAGGACGAGAAGCCCGCCCUGCUGGCUCAGAUAGACGCAGAGUUCGAAAAGAUGCAGGGCCAGUCUCCACCGGCGCCCUUCAGGGGCCUCAAGAAGGGCGGGGAGGACGAAGGGGGCGAGUCCGAGGAGCAGGAAGAGGAGGGAGCCGUCGUCGACGUCAUGGACCUGCUGCCCAGGGCCGACAUCAGCGACAAGAUCACGUUGGACAUGGUGUCCAAGAUCGGCGACAAGAACUGGAAGAUCCGCAAGGAAGGGCUGGACGAGAUGGCGGCGGUCAUCUCCGAGGCCAAGUUCAUCAAGGCCAGCGUGGGCGAUCUUCCCCUGGCGCUCAAGGGCCGUCUCAACGACUCCAACAAGCUCCUGGUGCAGCAGACCCUGUCCAUCCUGCAGCAGGUCGCUGUGGCGAUGGGUCCCUCGCUGAAGCAGCACGUGAAGUCCCUGGGCAUCCCUAUCAUCACCGUGCUGGGGGACAGCAAGGCCAACGUGCGCGCGACCGCCCUGGCCACCCUCAACGCGUGGGUGGAGCAGACGGGCAUGAAGGAGUGGCUGGAGGGGGAGGACCUCUCCGAGGAGCUCAAGAAGGAGAACCCCUUCCUCAGGCAGGAGGUGCUGGGCUGGCUGGCGGAGAGGCUGCCCACGCUGCGGGCCGUGCCCACGGACCUGGCGCUCUGCCUGCCCUACCUGUACGCCGCCCUGGAGGACCGCAACGGGGACGUCCGCAAGAAGGCCCAGGACGCCCUGCCCACCUUCAUGAUGCACCUGGGCUACGAGAAGAUGGUCAAAGCCGCGGGGAAGCUCAAGACUUCCUCUAAGGACCAGGUGAUGGGCAUGCUGGAGAAGGCGCGGGCGGUCAUGCCCGCCAAACCCGCCGCCCCCGCCACCGCCAAAGCUGCCCCCUCCAAGGCCGCGGCCAGCGUGCCUGCCGCGAAGCCUGCCCCGGAUACGGCUAGGACGCUGUCCGUCAGCGAAGACUCCGGCGUCUUCGAGCCCAAAGCCGAGACCAAGAAAGCGAAGCCGGGAGGAGCCGCCGCCAAAGGAAAGGGUGUUCUCGGGAAGAAGGCUCCAGCCAAGACCGGUGCCAAGGAGGAAGAGGAUCGGUCCGGGCCCAUCUUCAUCCUGGUUCCCAACGGGAAAGAACAGAGGAUAAAGGAGGAGAAGGGCUUGAAGGUCCUGAAGUGGAACUUCAUGACGCCCAGAGACGAGUACGUGGAGCAGCUGAAGACCCAGAUGUCCACCUGCCUGGCCAAGUGGCUGCUGGACGAGCUCUUCCACUUGGACUUCCAGCGACACGUCAAGGCCGUCGGCGUCAUGAUUGAGCGCAUGGAGGACGAGAGGGACGCCACCAUCGGCUGCCUGGACCUGAUCCUGAAGUGGUUCACGCUGCGCUUCUUCGACACCAACACCAGCGUCAUGAUGAAGGCCCUGGAGUACCUCAAACUGCUCUUCUCCAUGCUGAGCCGCGAGAACUACCACCUCAACGAGUAUGAGGCCUCCUCCUUCAUCCCCUACCUCAUCCUCAAGGUCGGGGAGUCCAAGGACGUGGUGCGCAAAGACGUCCGCGGCAUCCUCGCCGUGCUGUGCAAGGUGUACCCCGCCAGCAAGGUCUUCACCUUCCUGAUGGACGGCACCAAAUCCAAGAACUCCAAGCAGAGGGCCGAGUGCCUGGAGGAGCUGGGCUGCCUGAUCGAGGCGUACGGGAUGAGCGUGUGCCAGCCCACGGCCGCCAAGUCGCUGAAGGAGAUCGCCGUGCACAUCGGCGACCGCGACACGUCCGUGCGCAACGCCGCCCUCAACACGGCCGUCGCCGCCUACAACGUGUGCGGCGAGCAGGUCUACAAGCUGAUCGGCAAUCUGUCGGAGAAGGAAAUGAGCAUGCUGGAGGAGAGGAUCAAGCGCUCGGCCAAGAAGACUGUGGCCGCGCCCCCCAGACAGGCGGAGGAGAGGCCCCAGAGGGCCCCGCCCGGGAACCCCAACGCCAGCCUGAUGCGCAAGCCCGCCCCCUCGGACGAGGCGCCCGCCAAACUCAAUCAGUCCCGCUCUCAGAAUGCACCCGCCGAGCACCCGUCGCCCGCCUUCCCCCGGGAGUUCCAGCUGGACCUGGACAUGAUCGAGACGGACCACUCGCGGGUCUGCGAGCUGCCCGAGCUGGUGCAGCACAAGCUGGACGACAUCCUGGAGCCCGUCGUCAUCCCCGAGCCCAAGAUCCGAGCCGUCUCUCCCCACUUCGACGACCUGCACAACACCACCGCUUCGACCAUCAACUUUGUCAUCUCACAGGUGGCCAGCGGGGACAUCUACACCAGCAUCCAGGCCCUGGCACAGGUCGACGAGGUGCUGCGGCAGGACGACAAGGCGGAGGCCAUGUCGGGCCACAUCGACCAGUUCCUCAUCGCCACCUUCAUGCAGCUGCGGCUCAUCUACAACACGCACAUGGCCGACGACCGGCUGGACAAGAGGGACAUCUUCAAGCUGUACAGCUGCAUCAUCGGCAACAUGUUCUCCCUCUUCUCCAUUGAAAGCCUGGCGCGGGAGGCCUCCAUGGGCGUGCUGAAGGACCUGAUGCACGGCCUCAUCACCCUCAUGCUGGACUCCCGGGUGGAGGACAUCGAGGACGGCCAGCAGCUCAUCCGCUCCGUCAACAUGCUGGUGGUGCGCGUGCUGGGGAAGUCCGACCAGACCAACAUCCUCAGUGCGAUCCUCGUGCUGCUGCAGGACAGCCUUAUUUCCUCUGCCGGGACCCCCAAGUUCGCCGAGCUAGUCCUGAAGUGUCUGUGGAGGAUGAUCCGCUUCCUCCCGGAGACCAUGGACAGCCUCAACCUGGACCGCAUCAUGCUGGAGAUCCACAACUUCAUGAAGGUCCUGCCCCGGGAGAAGCUCAAGCAGCUCAAAUGCGACAUGCCCUACCGGACGCUGAAGACCCUGCUGCACACGCUCUGCAGACUGUGCGGCCCCAAGAUCAUGGACCACUUGUCCAUGAUCGAGAACAGGAACGAGUCGGAGCUGGAGGCCCACCUCAGGCGGGUGGUCAAGCACUCUGGGGACCUGUCCGGCUCCAAGUCUGACAAGGGGAGCGAGAAGGGAGCAGUCAAAACGGAUGAGAAGAUUUCCAGGGCCAACGUGAGCGACAUCCUUUCGGAGAUCUUCAAAAAGAUCGGGUCGAAGGAAAACACGAAGGAGGGGCUGACGGAACUGUACGAGUACAAGCUGAAGUACUCGGACGCCGACAUCGAGCCCUUCCUGAAGAACACCUCGCCCUUCUUCCAGAGCUACGUGGAGCGGGGCCUGCGCAUGAUCGAGUCGGACCGCGAGGGCAAGGGCAGGACUCAGAGCUCCAGCGCCGUCAUCCCCCAGCGCGGCACAGACGGCUCCGCCUUCGUGCCCGCCUCCAGCGCGGCGCCACUCAACACCAACGGGGAGGAGCUUGAGCCCGCCGUCUACUACGAGAGGCUGAAGAUCCUCCGGCAGCGGCACGGAUUGGACAACAACAGCAAGCAGCAGCAGCAGCAGCUGCAGCCGCAGCCGUCGCAGGAGGAGGACCGGACCCCGCUGACCUCGCUGCUCUCCCGCCCCUCGGUGGCCUCCUCCACGGACAUGCUCCACAGCAAGCUGUCCCAGCUGAAGGAGUCGCGCGAGCAGCCGCUCUCCCACCACAGCCCCGCCCGCGCCUCCUCCCGCUCCUCCUCCCCCGCCGCCAACCUCGACGACCUCAAGAAGAGGCUGGAGAGGAUCAAGAACAACCGCCAAUGAAAUCAGAGGGUGCCGCCCCCCUUUUUUUUUUUUUUUUCUUUCAGGGACCGCCCCCUCCCACCCCGCCUCCUCCCCUCCCAGUGUACAAAAGUCUCGCUGUAACAUAAGUGGACUACUUUUUGUCAAGUAUCGUGGCACAAUUACUUGUAUAUACUCUAGGCUUCUUAACCACUCGAAUUCUCAAGUGUCAAGAUUUUAGUGUACAGUUUCUCUGUGGAGAUCGCUGUAAUAUGUAUAAUUUAACACGUUCCUCUCUUUUUUUUUUUUUUGUUUUGUUGAGAUUUUAAAAUUAAUAAUAAAAAGUAGUGAAUUCUUUUUUCUGUUUUCUCUGCUAACCCUUUUCGGUUCCGUACCUUUCCGUUUCCUGUCCAUUUUCUCGAGUUGCCGAAACGAUGAUUCUGUUGGGAUCAUGGUGCAUGAAAGCAGGAAGUAACCGUUUUUUUUGUAAAUAAAGUUUCGAAUUUAAUAAACGCUGCUCUCUAAAACACC